UUAACCCACUGAGCCACCCAGGCGCCCCUAAGGGGUAAUUUUUAAAAAGACAGCUAAAGGUAAAUUAUGUCUGAGUCUGAGAGCUGUGUAUGAGCCAGCCUCCCCUCUUUGCAUCUUUAGGUAAAUGCACUAGUUAGUCUGUUGCUCUGUGGGCUUGAUAGGCCACCCUUCUGUGGCCUCCAGUGUCCCUGGGUGCUAUGAACUAGAUCCCCUGGGUUGGACCAGUGGUGCUGUAGAUACAGACCACGUGACUGCCACAGUAUGAAAGGCUGGGCUGGGUUUGGGGCAGUUGAACUGGGUAGGAAGAGUGGAUUUCUUUCAUUUUAGGAAACAUGUUACAAGAAAAAGUAGUAGGACUCGAUGAUGGGUUGCAUCUCAUCUGAGAACGGAAUGUCGGUGCCCUGUCCACGAGGCCAGUCUUGGUGUGCAGCUCAGCCACGGUGACCAACAACCAGUAUGCUGAGGGCAAGGGUGCUUAGCCUCCAGGUGUCAGGAGCUGCAGGAACUUAUUUCAAACAAUUUGUGGAAAACAAGACAACCUAAGACUUUUAAGCCUUUAUUAACAUGCAGCUAACCAGUUCAACUGACAUUUAGCUUUAACGUUUGGCAAGCAAGUGAGUGUUUGCCCAGCUGAGAAGGUGCUGGGUUGUGAAGACAUCGGGUGGCUGCGCAGCGGUGGCGUUGCCAGUCCAGGACGUCCUGGCAGUCCCUGGCUUGCGUGGUGUGACUGGUGGAAAUUAUAUCAUAUCCCCUGAGGGGUUUGGAGGCAGGUCCAGGUUGCUGAGCUCUUUAGUAGGAGCGAAAUGUCCUGGCAUCAGUAUGCUUUGGGGAAACUGCUUUUUGGGAAUAGGGAAGUGGGGUAGAGGGAUGACUGAAGGUAAUGGGCCUGGGGCGUGACCCCAAGAGGCAGACUCUGGCUUUCCUGCCUCUGAGUCUUGCUCGAGAGCAAACAGUAAAUGGUGUGCUGUGGGAAAAGGAAGGUGACCCAGGAGGAGAUAUUCUGCAGCCUCUGCGUCCCGAAAGGAUGGCAGAGAAGAACAAAAGAUGAUACUUGGAAAGCAGAUGACCUCAGAAAGCAUCUUUUGGCUGCACAAUCAGGUAUUCCCAAGGAAGAUAAGAAACACAGAGAAAAGAAGCUGCAUAAGGAAUCAGAAAUGGACCUCCCUGAAAACAAAGAGCCCAAGCACAGGGACCCAGACCGAGACACCAAGUACAGAGAGAGGCCUGGCGAGAGAGACGGCCACCCCUCCAGGGACAACCCUCAUGGGGACAGAGACAGAGAAAAGCAAAGGGAGAGGAAAAAGGACUCCAGAGACCGGGACAAGGAAAGGCAUAAAGAGAAACCCCGAGAACGGGACACCGAGAAGCCUCACAGUAAAGGAAAAGACAGGGGAGACAAGGACAGAGACCGCAGAGCCAGACGGGAGGAGCCCAGGCAGACGGCGGCCCACCCUGACCUGCUGGGCCGGCAGCCCCUGGACAGGGCAGAGCACAGGAUGGGAGCAGUAAGCAAAGUGAGGACGGAGGAGAAGGAGAGGAGAGACGAAGACGCUGAGAGGGGGGACGAAGAGAGAGAGAGACGCUACAGAGAAAGAAAGCUGCAGUACGGCGACAGCAAAGACAAUCCUCUGAAGUACUGGCUGUAUAAAGAGGAAGGUGAAAGGAGACCCAGGAAGCAGAAGGAGCCAGAUCGAGAGAGGAAACAUGGAGAAAAAAGCAGCACAAGGGAAAGAAGAGAAAAGUAUCCAAAAGAAAAGAUUAGUUCCUUCUCUGACAAGGAAGGGGAAGAAAGACACAAGGAAAAGCGACACAAGGAAGGCUUUCAUUUCGACGAGGGGAGGCGCCCCAGUAACACAGAUAAGAAAGAGAGGCUGUCGAGAGAAGAUGUUAAGAAAAGGGAGUCCAAGGGCAGUGAGCACCGACGUCGGGGCGCAAGUUCACGACGAGAUCCCACCGGCAGCCGGGAAGGACCGUGCGCUCUCUGGUAUGCAGAGAAUUUAGUAAGAAAUAAUGGAAAAGAUAAAGACUCGAGAGGGAAGGAAGUGGAAAAGGAAGACUUUGAUUCAGAAAGUGCUGGAGCAGAUGAAUAUACAGCUUGUUUUGAGGAUGAUUUUGAAGACUAUGAAGAUGACUUUGAGGUUUGUGACGGAGAUGACAGCUCUGAGGAGCUGGAAGCAAGAGAGAAGAUCGAAGAGCUUCCUCUGGCCCGAAAAAAGGAGAUACAAGAAGUUCAGAAAGCCAUUAAUGCCGAGAACGAAAGGGUCAGCGAAUUGUCCUGCAGACUGGCUCAGAAGCAGGGUCCGCCGGAGGGUGAGAGGGACUCGAAGACAGGUGCACUCGGUUCCCCCGCCAGAACCCCAGUUUGUGGAAUUUUCGUUGAUUUUGCCACAGCCUCACGCCGUGAGAAGAGUCGGACUCAGGCCCUUAAGCAAAAGAUGCGCAGUACGAGGCUGCUUCGGCUCUUGGACUUGGAUUUUUCCUUCACUUUCUCUCUCUUGGAUCUGCCUCCAGUGAAUGAAUAUGACAUGUAUAUCAGAAACUUCGGGAAAAGAAAUACCAAGCAGGCCUACGUCCAGUACAACGAGGAUGCUGUGGACAGAGACAUCCAGACUGAGGAGACAGAGACCCGAGGGGUGUGGACGCAGCACCCUGCCGAGGGCGCCGCUGCGUCAGGCGGGAGCGGGAGCGGAGAGCUCUGUGAUGUGGCCACCGCACCGAAGGUCGACACGCCGCGGCUGUCCAGCUUCCUCCGGGCGGCCUGCCAGGUGAUUGCGGUUCUGCUUGAAGAAGACCGUUUGGGACCCGAGCCCGGCUGGAGCCCUGGGACGCAGGACGGCACCCUGCCCAUCAGUGACAGGUCCUCGCAGCUGAACACCGGCCUGCCGUUCCUUCAGAGUAAGGGCUGCUCUGUGGAUCGGACAGUGUUGUGCUUAUGUGCCUCUCGGGGGCAGAGACAGACGGUGGUGUCUGUGCACGGGCUUCCUGGAGCUCCGUUCGCCCCUGCUCUGGACAGCAGAUACGUACUGUGUGUGUGGGAUAUCUGGCAGCCUUCGGGGCCCCAGAAGGUGCUGAUAUGCGAGUCGAAGGUCACCUGUUGCUGCUUUAGCCCUUUUAAAGCCUUUUUACUGUUUGCUGGGACAGUGCACGGCUCGGUGGUCGUGUGGGACCUACGAGAAGAUUCCAGAAUACAUCGUUAUGUGAAGCUGGGUGAUUGCUUCUGGACGUUCAGGACGGCAACGUUUUCUACUGACGGCAUCCUGACUUCCGUAAACCACUGCAGUCCCGUUCAGGCGGUGGAACCUGUCUCCACGUCUGUCUACAGGAAACAGAGUUUCGUGCUUUCUCCCUUUUCUACUCAAGAAGAGAUGUCAGGUUUGUCAUUCCACGUCGCUUCCCUGGAUGAAAGUGGGAUUCUCAAUGUGUGGGUGGUGGUUGAAUUACCGAAGGCAGACAUUGCAGGCUCAGUAAGUGACUUAGGUUUGAUCCCUGGAGGGAGGGUAAAGCUGGUGCACAGUGCUGUGGUUCGGCUGAGCGACCGCCUUUCCCAUACGUGCUUUGAAUUCUGGGGGGCCACGCAAACCCUGAACAUGAAGUUUCUUCCUUCAGACCCUAGUCACUUCAUUGUUGGCACAGACGUGGGUCUUAUAAGUCAUGGCACCAGACAAGAUUUGAAAGUAUCUCCCAAAUUGUACAAACCCCAGCAACCUGGUAUGAGACCAGUCAAAGUGAAUGUGAUUGAUUUUUCACCAUUUGGAGAACCAGUAUUCUUGGCCGGCUGCUCAGACGGAAGCCUCCGGUUGCACCAGCUGACCUCCGAGCGCCCUCUCCUUCAGUGGGACUGCGGCACCGAUGGCCACGCGGUCACAGGCCUCCACUGGUCCUUGACCAGACCUGCCGUGUUCCUGGCCCAGGAUGACACGUCCUGUAUUUAUGUCUGGGAUCUGCUGGAAAGCGACCUGGGUCCUGUAGCCAAACAGCGCAUCUCCCCAGACAGGCUGGCGGCCAUGACAGUCGUGGGUGAAGCCGAGAAAGCCAACGGCUGCUUCCUGGCCCUGGUGCUGGCCAGAGCCUCUGGCCGCGUGGACGUCCAGUACCUGAAGAGGACGUGGGCAGCCCCCGUGGCAGACGAGCUGAGGAAGCUGCAGCUGCUCCUGCGGGAAGCCUUGUAGGGGGUCUGCAGGAGGGCGCGGUGUGGUCCUGGGGGCAGUGGCGAGGGCUGGGUGUGACCCCCAUGGGAGACACGGUGACUCCCGUGUGUAUGUACAUUGAUGUAGAGAGAGGACAUGUAUUCUGUACGUAACUUAUUUACACGAAUGUCACCUCUGUGUUCCCAGUAAAUAAAUCACUAUUUUCUGAAUGGAAACAACAAA